AUGUUCGAUCCCCUCAGCUCAAACAAUUCAACAUGGGGCGGCAAUGACGAACAGCCUCCGUGGCUCCCAACAUCUCAUGCGCCCAAUUCUCCUAUUCCCGACCUUCAACGUGCACCAUCUCCCGUACCACCCACCCCAGAUAAGGGCCCAGCACCUGGAAUAUAUGGAAAAGAACCAAAGAUAUAUGGUCAGCCUGAAGCAGGACUUAUUUCGCCAAGGGAGACGGUUGGCUCGAAUGGAAAGUCGUUUGAAAAACCAGUGCCGUAUCUCCGGGUAAAAGUCAGCGGUCUUGACAGAAACAGAAGAGACAUAUUGUUCAAGCUGGAUGCUCAGACCAACCUUUCCAAUUUCACGGGGACAACCUAUCGAAAUGUGUCGCGUUCAUAUGUGGAAUUUCAGCAGUUCUACGAGACUAUCGUUCAGAGUAAUCCUCAGACUAUCGUGCCAGCGUUACCACUUGCACAGACUUCCGCGCCGACUGACGAGGAAGAUGAUCGUCUCGUUCGGAUCAUGAUUCAGAGAUGGUUAACGAGAGUAUGCGAGGAUCCUAUUUUGAUCAACGACGAAGACCUACGUUCUUUCAUUGAAAGUGAUUUUGGGUAUCAGCCUACGCCUCGGACACGCCGCAAGACACCAUCUGGAUUCGGGUUAAUUCGCCGCGGAGUACCAGAUGAAGACGAGGAACUUCAAAAGGCAAGGUUCGAGUUGGCGAAGUUGGAAGGGCUGUUCUUCGAUUCCGCCAAGGCAGUGGAUAAACUGGCUGUCUCGCGAAGGACCCUCGCUGCCGCGCAUUCUGAAAUGGGGAAUAAACUCAUCAAUGUCGCGACAAGUGAAGCCCACCCACCCCUGGCGAAUGCCUUCCGGAAGCUGGGGAGGACGUGGCAUAGUUUGGCGGAUUUAGAUCAAGCUCAGGCAAUCAGUGAAUGUGUAGUCUUGGGAGAUUCGUUGGGAUAUCAGGGAAUGAAUGCCCGAUCUGCGAAAGAGACCCUGCAGAUGCGGACUGGCGUGCUCGAGGAAUAUCAGGCCGCCGUUAAGACCACAAUUUCCAAACGUAGGCAAAUAGAGCGCCUGAAGGCGAGUUCUAAUAUUCGGCCGGAUCGAGUGGAUGAAGCACUUGAAGAAAUAGAAGAGGCGAGCAAGUAUGAGCAAGUCCUUGCUCGAAGAGCCGAAGGAAUCUCCCAAAACUUACAUCGAGCCCUCGAAGUGCACAACAGAUACGCGAACGAUGACAUUUCUACGGCACUCAUUGAACACGCGCGAUCAUCUAUCAUGUAUGAGAGGCAGCUUCUUCGUGAACUGGAGGCACUUAGGGCGGACAUUAGCAAUGCCGCGAAGAAAGUGGAGCCCGCAACUCUAAAGGCACCUAAGCCUUCCAUUGUUCCGCCUCUUGAAGACGAUUUCAAAUUCUCGCAUCCUCAAUCACAGUCCGCAAUAGAAGCAACUCGUUCCAACGGCUUUUACCAUCAUCAAGCCCCUCCCAGAGUGCAAACGCCUCAGGGGUCAGUAGGACAGAUACUACCUCAUCCCCAAUCCCAAAAUUACGAUCCAUUGUCUCAACCGCUGCCUGCAGCGUCGAGCAAUCCGUUAUCACAAUCGGGAUCACGGUUCAGUACACCCCCGUCUUCUGCUCCUCCCACUGCAGUGCAAUCAUUUGCUGCUCGGCAAGCGCAAUCUUCGCGACCAGUAUCUCCCUACUCAUCUCCGCAUCUACCUCCUCAAUCACCGGGAGCAGGUCCCUCCUCUCCCGUUCCGAAGACCCCAGUCAUAGACGACGGUCCUCCACUCGGUGGAAAGUACGUUGAUGGAACCAAAUCAAUGUUCAUCAAAUCCUCUUCUUCCCCUUUGGCGUCUCCAUUACCGCCGCCGCCGUCAUCUCAGUUCUCUAGCCCUCGCAUUACGGGCGAUCCAUUGACAAGUAGCCUGCCCACUUUGCCCCUUCGCUCGGCGGCGGAUGGUACCCAGAGAGUGCUAGCCGAUGACCUUGACCCGUUGGGUACGAUGAGGCCCACUCAGAUGACAAGCUCUGUUCGCGUUACACCCCAACGACCGCGGUUAGAUGCAAGGGAGGCAGCUAGUAAAUUGGCCGCUAUGUUUUAG